AAAUUAUCCUCGGUUUUAAAACAAGGCAGGGAAGAGAAGCAAAGAGAGAAAAGCCUUUACCUUUGAGCAGACGACGGGCUCAGUAUCUUCGCCAAGCUGCGAAAAGCUCUCUGUUCACCGCUCUUUCGUCUCCAGCAUCUACUGGAUCCGCAGACUGUCGCUCGACCUCCAAAGCGUCUUACCCUAAGCUGGUUUUUCUUGCCUCCGAUUCAUCGAAACGGCACACACCCUUCCCAGAGGUGACAACCAAAGACGCAUCGACUGACGAGCGAAGGACUUCCAGUUACCUUCUGUUUCUAACGGUGUCACCACCAACGGGGGCACUUGGAAGUGACUCGCCGGCGAGAUAUCAAACUAAGUUUGUUUCUCAGUCUUGCUUUGCUCUACAGAAGGCAAGAUUACCCAUCUCAACAGCGAAGUUAGAAAUUUUGUGGAAAAGCAUAUCAGAAUUCCUCCAAAUGGCUUUGGUUGUAAUCUGUGGCCAGCCAUGCAGUGGGAAGUCUACAGCUGCUCUUUGCUUAGCUGAAGCUCUAAGAGAAUCUGAAUCAAAAUUAAACGUUAGGGUCAUUGAUGAUGCUUACUUCCAUCUUGAUCGUAAUCAGAGUUAUGCCAAUAUGACUGCAGAGAAAAAUUUAAGAGGAGUACUCAGGUCUGAAGUUGAUAGAUCUGUAUCAAAAGACAAUAUAAUCAUAUUAGAUUCUUUGAACAGCAUCAAGGGCUACAGGUAUGAGCUUUGGUGUUUGGCUCGUGCUGCAGGAAUAAGAUACUGUGUACUUUUUUGCGAUGUUGAAGAAACUCAAUGCCAAAAAUGGAAUGAGCAGCGCAGAGAAAAGGGAGAAGCUGCAUAUGACAAUGCGAUUUUUGAGGACUUGGUAAGAAGGUUUGAGACACCAGAUAAAAGAAACCGAUGGGAUUCUCCUUUGUUUGAGUUUUGGCCAAGUAAAGACGGAAUUCAGAAAUCUUCUGCUGCCAUUUUAGAUGCUAUUUCAUACUUGACAAAAAAAGUCGACUCCAAAUCUCGUGACGUGAAAAUUUUACAGCCAACAAUUGCUACACAAAAUACACGUUUUUCAGAGGCAAAUUCUUUGUACGAGUUGGACAGGGCAACACAAGAGGUGAUCAAUAUCAUUGUAGAGGCACAAUCCCAGACAAUUGGAGGUCCAGUAAAUGGUGUUUCGCUUGGUCGGGAUUUACCAACUCUCAAUAUUUCAAGAUCAGUUGGCUUGCCUGAGCUACGGAGACUACGGAGAACUUUCAUUAAGUUGACAGGUCAAACGAGCUUAAGUGGACCACCACCACCUGCAGAUGCAGAGAGCGUAAAAAGGAUGUUUGUGGAUUAUUUGAAUAGGGAAUUGGGAACUGCUUGAAGGAGGAUAUGGGGGAAUGAUAUUAUGCUAAUUUGCUACCACAAACAUCUGUGGAGAAAGUGAAACCAGCGAGUUAAAUUCUAAAAUGGUCAGUCUUUUAAUAUAUUGUACCAACAGAUUUACGCAAAAACACCUGCAUUUUAUUGGAUAGUCACUCUGUGUUGGCAAAUCUAUAUUGUAUUAGUGAAGGCUGAAUUCUUGUUAAUCAGGCAUCAAUGUACCAUUGGCUCUAUAAUUUUCUUCCUUAUUUUCUCUUGGACAUUUUGAGCCCCAAUGGUUGAUGCAUCAUGAAAUUUUCUCAAUUGAUGGUCCCUGUUUAAUAAAUGUUAUCAGUUGCAAA